AUGGCGGGCGCCAGCCCGGCUGCCCUCCUGCUUCUGGCGCUCCUGUUUCAAAUUUCGAAAAGCGGGCGGGGCGCCUCGCCGCUGGAGGUCGAGGCCAAGUACACAGACAUAAUGCGGGCCGUGGCGGACGACUUGGUCGACCGGUACGACCGGUUAGAGGAGUUGAUGGCGGAGUGCGAGUGCAGCUACCACACGUGCGGAAGCAACCUGCCGGGCACCCGCUGCGUGGACAUCAAGCGCGACCCGCACCCCGAUGAGGACAUAAAGGAGGCGGCGGCCAAGUACGUGGUCUGCGAUCCGGACUGCGGCCAUCGCAAGAACAAUGUGAACUCCACGGUGAUUUCCACGCCGAGCAACAUCAUUUUCGAGGAUCCAUCUCUGAGCCCGCAUGUCGUGGAGGUCAUCUGCAUGACGCAGGGCAUGGAAGAGGUAAUGAAGUCGGCCAACAAUUACAGUGGGGAGCACCUUCGAGCCACGUUCAUUGCGUCGGCUCGGUCGGGCAUAAUGAGGAUUUGGCCCAUGCUUGCCCAGCCUCGACACAAAAACGGAAACUGCCUACGAUAUGAUCCGCGACUUCGCCUCUGGUACAAAAUGGCGACUUCCGAGCCAAAGAAGGUCGUCAUUAUUGUGCGAGCUGCAAGUUCCAUGGAGAAGCUGCUUCACCUUGGGGGAGGUGGCAACUCCAAAACACGUUGGGAAGUUGCCAAGGAAACAGUCAAGAGCAUCCUGCGAACUCUUGAUGGCAGCAGCGACUACGUCAACGUUAUUGCCUUCAAUGCACAGGCCACUGCCAUAGUGGGUGAAGGUCUGCUUGAUGCCAAGGAUGCUAAUAUAGAAGCACUGGAGGCUGCAUUGGAUAAAGUUGAGCUGCCAAAGGGCUCAGACAACGCGGCAGCCUUUAAUGCCGCCUUUGACAUGCUUCAAAAAGGGAAGGACAUGCAAGCACAGCAACUGCACAACUGCCAGAACAUCAUCAUCCACAUAGGCGACGGUGAGGACUGCACAAAAAAUGGUGACCUGCCGUGCUCGCUUCGAGAAUCAAAUGGAUCAGAUGAUCGACAUGUGGGAGGAUCCGAGGGGUUGAUGGAUGGGAUUCCACGAGAUGGCAUUCAAAAGAACCUGGAAGUUGUGGAGGCCAGGCAGCGCAUUCUGGAGCAAUCGUCCAGUCGAGCCACAGUGUUCAGUCUUACGAUUAAUGGCACAAAGAAUUGCCUGGCACGCCAGCUGGCUUGCAACAAUGGGGGCGCAUGGUUUAGCCUGGACGGUCGCGGAGAGCCCCUGAACAACAUGGGGCCCUACUUUCAGUACUUGGCGUUCGCCAUGGAACCAAGGCCAGACAGACACCACGCCGUCUUCACGCCUUUAGCACCUCACUGGAGCAGCUGGAGCAAGAAGACCAAUGUGGCAUAUCCCGUUUUUGUGAAUCCCAGAUGCACUGACAGGACGUCAUCUAAGAGGAAGCUGCUGCUGGCCGUCAUUGGCAAGGAGGUGACUUUGAGGGUGCUGGAAGAAGAGGACGGACUUGGGGAGAAAGAGGUGGACAGCCUGAUUAAAGAGAACUUCGCAAAGACGAAGGUGUGCAACGGGGACUACGAAUAUGACCUCUGCAAAUUGCAGGAAUUGCGAGGAUCCACGUCGGAGUGUCCUGCCCGCUCGUGGAGGGCAUCGGACAGGGAAAAAUGUUAUGCAUUCAAAAGCGUGCAUUACGUUCUGGUAGCAGAGCCGACGGACUUCGAAGAGGCACAGCAGCGGUGCAAGGAUAUGGGUGGCCGGUUGGCGGAGCCGAGCGUUGAACAAUUCAAAGAUGAUCUGCAUUUUUUGGCUUCGAUCGUUCCUCCCGACGGUGCAUGGAUUGGCCUCAGGCCAGGCCCACAAUGGAAGUUUCUGAGCUCCUCCCAGGAUGUUCCGGAGAGACUGACACGUGAUCUGUGGUUCACAAAACCUUCCAUAAGCGGCAGCUGCAGGGGGAGUUAUGUCGACCCCCGGGGCACCCUUCAUAACGUGGGGAGUCGAUUGUGCAACGAUGAAACGGCGUUCGUCUGUCAGCUCGAUGAAACAACGCAGCCAGAGCUUUGCAAGGGAAACAUAACGCCGGUACUUUCAGAAGCGCUGUGGAACGCCACAGCAGAGGGGUGUGCAUCCUCUGGCGGAUGCAUCGGAGGCAUCCGAAGUACUGCGACUGUCGGAAACGAGUUGCCAAAUUCCAGAGCCACCAGCAGCGUCAUCUGCGACUUCGGACCUCCGAAACCAUUCAGCGAGCUCAUGUGCUGCUCAAGAGACGAGCUCCAGGGCGUCUGCGAGGCGAGGAGACAUUCGCAGUGUUAG